AUGCCCGACGCCAGCGACACCGCCGCCGUGGUGCGGGAGAUACACAAGGCGGCCGGGCGGGGCGACGCAGGCAGGCUGCGGGCCCUGCUGCGGCGGCACCCGGGGCUGGCAAACGACACGCUGGCCCCCAGCGGGCCCACCCCGCUGCUCACAGCGGCGGGGUAUGGCCGGCUGGCGUGCGUGACAGCCCUGCUGGAGGCCGGUUCAACCGUAGAAGCAGCUGACAACAUGCACGGCACAGAGCUGCACUAUGCCGCCAUGCGUGGCCACGCGCACUGCCUGCCGACGCUGCUGGCAGCGGGCGCCGACGUGGAGGCGGUUAACAGCCAGCGGCGGACGCCGCUGGGCGUGGCGGCCCACGGCGGCCACGCAGGCUGCGCGGGGGCGGAUGUCAAUGCCAUGGGCAACUGUGGGGAGACCGCCCUCAGCUGUGCAGCAAGCUGGUCUGCGUGGGGCAGCGAGGCGAGCCUGCGGGUGCUGAUCGGGGCAGGCGCCGACGCCUCCGACGCCAACGCCAGGGGCGAGACGCCGCUGCACAGGGCUGCAGGCAGCGGCAACGAGGCGGCGGCGCGGGUCCUGCUGGCGGCGGGGGCGGCGGCGGAUGCUGCAGACAGGCGUGAGGGCUGA